UAUUUGCAUGAACGAAAAUGGACGGAAAGGAAGUGUAAGGACAAUGCAUUAGAGGGACUCAAUCGUUAAAAAUACAAUAGUACAGAGACCAAAUGUGCCUUAAGCCUUUCCAUUUCAGUUUUGUUAAAGACAACUCUUUCUCAGCUUUAAUGUCCUCGUGGAAACAAAAAUUAAGACAUGCCACAGACAACAGUUGCCGUUACUAAAAUCCCACUAGAAAUACACUACUCUCAGCAAGAAAAAGGCAAGAACUUUAAACUGUUCUUGAAUUGAAUUUUUAUUAUCUAUGUUUUUAUCCCUCUGGGUAUUUAAAAGAACUGUCUUUAACCGUUGUAUUCACUUGGGUCCAAUUUUCUUGAACCCUAACACUGAAGAUAUUGUUCUUAAGUCAGUUUGUGUUAAUCUUAAACAGAAAAAAUGGAGCAUCUUGGAGAAAAUGUUACCCAAUAUGACUUGUUCUUUAGUGAGUCAUGUAAUCUGCAAGUUCCAAAACUCACCCCAGUUAGCUUUAGAGUUUCACAACUGGGUCUUAGAAAAAAGGAGUGUUUUGCAUUCGCUAGAGUCUUCUUGUACUGUAAUUCAUGUGCUUGUCAAUUCGAAACGAUACGAUGAUGCCAUGGUUGUUAUGGGGAAUUUGAUGACUGUAAAUGGUAGCUCUCCUUUGGAGGUUUUAGAUGCAUUGAUUGAUAGUUAUGGAAUGUGUGAUUCGAGUCCGGCUGUUUUUGAUGCUUUGGUUCGAGCUUGUACUCGAAUCGGGGAUACUGGGAGUGCAUAUGAGGUUAUCAAGAGGUUGCAGGUGCAUGGUUUUUGGGUUACAGUUCAUGCUUGGAAUAACUUUUUGAGUCAUCUAUUGAAGUUGAAUUGUGUUGAUUGGUUUUGGAAAAUGUAUAAGGAAAUGAUUUCUUAUGGAUAUAUGGAGAAUGUUAAUACUUACAACUUGAUCAUUUAUGCUCUUUGUAAGGAAUGUAAACUAUUAGAAGCAGUGUCGAUAAUCUAUAAAUCCUUGAAGCAGGGUAUUUGGCCUAAUGUUGUUGGGUUUAACAUGAUUGUAGACGGUGCUUCCAAGAUGGGUGCCAUGAAUAUUGCUCAGAAGCUUGUUAGCAAGAUGGAAGUCAUGUCGGGGUGCUCUGUGAAACCCGACUCCGUGAGCUAUAAUAGUCUUCUCAAUGGUUUUUGCAAACUUGGUAAUGUUGUUUUGGCUGAAGAGCUCAAAAAUGAAAUGUUGGAGAAAGAAAUUGAACUGAAUGUGAGGACCUAUGGAACUCUGAUCGACGGUUAUUCACGAGUGGGGAGCUUAGAGGAGGCCUUCAGGUUAUGUGCUGAAAUGGUAAAGAAGGGAGUGCUACCGAAUACUUUUGUAUAUAAUUCAAUUAUUCAUUGGCUUUUGAAGGAAGGAGAUGUGGAAGGAGCUUUGUUCAUGUUAUCGGACAUGAUUGAUAAGCAGAUAUGUCCAGAUCAAGUCACAUAUUCUUCUGUCAUAGACGGUCUCUGCAGAAAUGGUUAUAUACAUAAAGCUUUUAACUUUCACAAGAAAAUUCUUGAUUUGAACAUUGUUAGAGAUGUAUUUUCACACAAUAUUCUUAUUAAUUACUUAUGUAGAAGCAAUAAUUUAGCAGGAGCUAAGCAACUGCUGGCUAAUAUGUAUGUUUGUGGCUUGGUUCCUGAUAUUGUUACAUAUGGUACUUUGAUUAAUAGGCACUGUCAGGAGGGCAACGUCGAAAAUGCUCUCGAGCUCUAUGAGGGAAUGAUGAAGGCAAGGGAGAAACCCAAUCUGUUGAUCUACAAUACUGUUAUAAAUGGUUUUUGCAAAGAAGGCUCACUGAACCCAGCAAGACUUCUGAUGGAUGAAUUGAGGAGCAUUGGCCUAUUUGAUGUCAUAACCUAUAAUACCAUAAUAAACGGGUAUUGCAGCAGCGGCAAGAUUGAUCGAGCAUUUUCGUUGUUUUUAGAAAUGAAAAAUGCAGGAAUGUUGGCAAGUAAUGUUACAUACAACAUAUUGAUUAACGCUUUGUGCAAGCUCGGUCAAGUUCAACAAGCAAAGGAACUAAUGCAGAUGAUGAUCCUUCAUGAUUUGAUUCCUGAUAAUGUAACAUACACAAUUCUUAUUACCAGCUUCAGCAAGAUGUGCAGUCCUGAAGAAGUGAUUGAAUUGCAUGACUAUAUGAUCCUCAAGGGAGUGGUACCUGAUAAACAGACAUACCAGGCCAUAGUUAGUCCACUUCUUCAAGAAAAGAGCAUGGAAGCCUAGAUUAAUGCUGCGGAAUGAGCUUCUACUGCGGAUUGUCUGUAAACAAUACUCCUCUAAAGUUGGAAGGCUAAAUCAGGUGUUUUCAUUUUCCUCAUUGAAUAUGCGCUUACAAUUUUCAAAGAAAUACAGAUUAUGAAAGAAAGAUCUACUGGUUUUGGUUUUUAA